CGGCGGCGGCAGUAGUGGCAGCAGCGGAGGGGGAGGAGGAGGAGACGGAGGCAGAGUAGACACACACAGAGCACGGCUUAGUGUCGCAGGAAGUGAUGGCAACGCGUGAGAACUCGUCAGACUGCGCCAUCGACGGGUGAACGUCGCGCGACUCGUUCUCCCGGAUGAGGCCUCCGGGGAACGCGGUUCCGCCAUUCAAUUCAAAGUGCCAUUUUGUCAUAUCCAGUAAAUAUUAAUCGUAGUAGACGCUCGUAAAGCGAAUGCAAAACGCGUGCACGCAUCCAGAUACACGGCGCGCGUGUUCGUUUAUGUAUAUAAGUUCGGUCAUGACUUUGUUGUGUGGAGAACGAGACUGACGACUUCUUCGGAUCCGAUGGGCAUGUCCAUCCGUUGUUGGAUACGCAGCUGAUGAACCGAUGUAUCGCGUGAGUCGGUAUCUAGAAACUUCUCGUGUGACGACAACCGAGGAAUGUUGGUGUGAUCGUCGUGGCGGGAUGAUAAUGCCCUGACAACUCUGCCGCGUGUCAUUUAUUGGAGAUGCUGCGUCCAGAGAUGACAGAACUUCGAUGCUGCAGAGGCUGAAAAGUAACGUCUUUGUGAGAGAAAUUCAGUGACUGAAAAAAUUAUCGCGCCUAGAAGCUAUUUGUAGAGUAAGACAGUGCUGUUUGAAGAAUAAAAGGCUGCAGUAAAGAGUGUGAGGGUACAAGUGACAGACGCAAUAUGCCAGGUAGUGGUGCAAUGGAUGAGGACCUCUUAGGUCCAGAAUGGUUGUUUAGAGAGCUCAGAUCCCAAAAUGGUCCCCACAAGCUUCUUAUCCUAGACUGCAGAGCACAUUCUGACUUCUCUGAUGCUCACAUAAGAGGCUCAGUGCCUCUGGCCAUACCCAGCAUCAUGCUGCGGAGAUUGGCUGCUGGUAAGGUGGACCUCCUGUCCACGAUAAGGUGCUUGGAUCUGAGAAAUAGAGUGGAGGUGUUUCUGUGUGGGGAUGAAAGCAAUAGAGGAACAUUUGUACUAAUCGGUGACUCUUCAGAUCCUGCAGGCCACCAAGGUGAAACGAUACAAGUUUUGAGCCGGAGACUUAAAAGCAGUGGAGGCAAUGUUGCUGUUUUAAUCGGAGGUUUUGGAGCAUUCAGAGAUAGAUAUCCAGAAUGGUGUGAAGGUUGUCAAGCUAAUAAUGAAUGUACACCAGGUCAGGACAAUAAUGAUGGAGAAUUAAUGGGUCUUAGAUCACUUCGGAUAUCUACUCCACCAACUAGGUCUUAUUCGGAUUCUGAUAGUGACAGCACGUGUGAUUCAGUUGGUCCUGAAGAAGACAAAGAUUUUCCGGUGGAAAUUUUACCUCAUUUGUAUCUCGGUAACGCAGCUAAUAGUGAGGAUCGCGAAGCUUUAGCGAGGCACAGGAUACAAUACAUACUCAAUGUAACGCCGGAUUUGCCAAAUGUAUUUGAAAGCGCUGGUUCGAUAAAAUAUAUGCAGAUACCGAUAAGCGAUCACUGGAGUCAGAACUUAGCUAGUUUCUUCCCGCAGGCGAUUCAGUUUAUAGAGGAAGCACGAAGUUCAGACAAGGGAGUACUGGUUCACUGUCUGGCCGGAGUGUCUCGAUCUGUCACGAUCACUGUGGCUUACCUCAUGCACAAGUGCAGUCUCAGUCUGAACGAUGCUUUCAACCUCGUACGGAGUAGAAAGUCCAAUGUCGCACCAAAUUUUCACUUUAUGGAGCAGUUGCACAGCUUCGAGCGGGAGCUGAGGGAUCGAGGAGGCGACCGACAGAACAACGGCAACGACCAGAGAUGCAUCGGGGCGUGUCGACCCGACGGGCCCUGCAAUUGUCCGGCGCCGAGUUUCCUGAGUCCCAUCGAUCUGGGACUCAGUCCUGAUUCCGGAAUCGAGUUCGACAGGUGGGCGGCAAGCACGCCGGCUGAAUGAGACGGGCCUGGGGGGACCCAAUAUAAGUUUUAGGUCCCUCCGUCACACACGUCGCCCUUAGGCGAGCCCUGAUUGAAGGGUGGUUAUGGAAUGACGCGUUUUAUCAUCUUGAUAUGUGAGAGACGAGCAUCGAAGCCCGCCGUUUCCCUCCCGGUGUAAUCUUCAGAAUAGAAUAGAAUAUUAGAUCGCAUUCGGCGAAUGCCAAGUAACUUUUAGCAGCAUCCCAAAGCUAGUUACUGCGCUGGCACUUUUCUUUUGUAAUUUCUCGUUCCUUCCUGCGGAGCCUCUCAUUCCUAAGCUUAAUAGAAUUGUUUUAAAAUAUGUAAACUAUUUCUAAAUUGAUUAUUGAGUUAAAUUUGGAAGAAAUUUUUGGGAAUGCGCAUAUCGCACGUUCAACACUCGGCGUAAGAGUACAUAACAAUGGGUUAAAAAUUUCUAAAUUUAUUUCUAAAGACAUUUGUCAAACUCAACUAUAUGAUUGGGUGCUUAAAAAAUAUAUAUUAAAACAAAAUAUUUUCAAAAUUCAGAAAUUUUUAGAAAUGAGAGGAUUCAUGCUUAGGAAGGAAAAAAUAUAUGUUAUCAGAACUAGAGAAACAAAUACCUCUUCGUUAGGCGAUUAGCUUUUCAGUGUAUGCACUCGGUAAUAAUGUGCUGCGAAAUACUAUAUUUCUACAGUGGCAAGGCUUGUUGUCUAUCUUGUUGAAAUUUCCGAUUAUGAAAAUUUGACAUAUUGUGUUACGCCGUUGGAUUACACAUCAUAAUAUAUGAUGCAGUCGUGUUGUGACUUAGGGGAAAAAAUAGAUGAUAUGACUGUUGACGCACUCAUGUAAAAGAACAAACGGAUUUUACGAUUUUCCUUUCUGAUUUGUGGCAGCAAUGGAUACUGAAAGUAUUUUAUAAACGAGAUCCCGUAAUUUCCCAUUGUGCAACAGUCGCGCAAUUGUAAUUGUACAUUCUGAUGUUAUGCUUCCAACUUUCGAGAAAUCUUUAGCGUGUAUAAUUGUAAAUGGGUAUGCGAGAUAUAGCAAAUUCAGGCAUUGCAAACUCGCGAGGUAUGGCGUAACGUGUACCGUCGUAUCUCAAGAGAGCUAAAGUAUAUAUAUAUUUUAAUACUUCUUCUCCCCGAAUCCUUCAAUUAAUGAGGCUGUGUUUAUUUUAUCGCAAGCGAUAUUUCUCGCGCGAAGUAAUCUCUAAACGACGAGUUCCCACCAGGCAAUCACAAGUAGUCGAAGGUAAACAUCACCGCUUAGUAUACUAAGUUCCGAGGUACAAAAUUAAGGGAGAUUCUAUACACGCAGGGGCGAAUUUAAGGUUUUUGCACAAAGCGAUUGCUUAAAAUGAUUUCGAGAUGUCUUCGACGGUUUACUUGCGUAAGUUUUUAUCGAUGCUAUUACGAAAACGCAGACAUUUUUUUUUCGGACUAACGUUUCCGCGUCUUUAGGGACCCGAGUGAAGGUCGGCACUUAAAUUCGCCUCUGAUUUACUCAACUGUAGUUUGUAAAAAGUGAAAUUCGUGACUCGAGAUAUAACAAGUAAUUUUUUGAUGUAGUUUUUCGACACACUGAAGUGACUUAUCUCGUCAAGGAUAAUUGCCUCAAUGCAUUCUGACCUUCGAGAUGCGCGAAAGGUAUAUGCACGUCGUCUCAGGUACAUAUGCCAGUAACUUAAGUUUAAGGGAGGACACAUUUUAGGAAUCAGUGCAUUUCUGUAGGGCAUUCCGAAUCUCUUCUGCUCACAAGAAAAGCCAGGUUCGUUACCUGGAGAUAGGGAGACUUACAUCCGAAUCACUUGAAGCGAUAAGUGAAGGCGUUACUUUCAUUGUUCAGCAAUUCGGAUUGCGAAGCUAGCGAAUGAAGAAAAUUGACGAGAUGCGUGAAAAAUUUUAAAGAAUUAGUAGGCACGUUUAGCCCGCUAAAAAUAUUUAUUAUAAACAGGCACAUUGCCUUUUUAAAGAUUUUAUUUAUGAAAGAUUUAUCAACGCGUUUGUAUAUAAAUAGGAUCUAUUUAAUGAUCUUAUUUUAACAAUAAUUUUUUUUUAACUCUAAAUAAAUGUUGCUAUUAAAGUAACGCCUUUAAAUAUCGGCAAUUGGUUUCACUGUCAAUCAGACCCGUCGUCAUCGCAACAUACAGAAAUCUGAAAGAUAAUGGUUCCUGCAAAUUACACUUCUGCUGGCAUCAGAAUAACAUUAGCCCUUCGAAUUUUUUAUAUAGAUACUUUUCUACAUGAGAAUAUUGGGCCUGUGCAUUCGUAUGAAAACGCAUCUAACUGUAUACUGCGUAACAAUUUAAGCGCUAAAUUGGAUUCUGAAUUGUACGAAUCAGCACUGUUUCUAUUAUCUUACAGAUCUCAGAUAUAUAUUGAAAGUUAUUUUUGUAAAGAAUAGAAAAGAAGAAAUGCAUUCACAUUCCCAUAACAAGCCAGAAUGGCCUGACACUAUACUACCUUUCAUGUACUGCUACAUGUAUCGUUCAUUGAGCAUAAUUGAAGUUAAUAUGAGUGUAUACAAGUGAAUGUUAUUUUUCGUGUAAUAAUUAACUGCAAGAGUAAUUAAUAGCUCUUGGCUAUUGCGAGAGUAAUUGAUAUACAACUAAGGAAAUAUAUAUUUGACGUUAACGUAAUAACAAUAUUCUACUAUUACACUGUUGUCUGUUGUAUGUUUACUGGGCGCGCGAUGCCCGAGAAAUUUAAUCAAAUAUUAUGUAUAUUAUAUAAAUUAUUAUUUUAUAUUCAUCGUUGUAUAUAUAUUUUAACUAAUUUUCAUUAGAAAUACAACUUAUCUUACCUGAACUACAAA